AUGUUGUUGACGCAUGCGCGCACACCAGUUUGAAAAUCAGCAUGGAUGUCUCGGUGCUGGGUGGUGUAAAAAUUAACAACAAAUUUCGAUUUUGUUAAAUCGCAACCGCACCAAACCCAUGCGAUCCGUUUUAAUUGCGUGUGUGUCGACGGCGCGCCAUCCGCAACUAUUAUGCGCCUAUUUAUAAACGGCUGCUGCUCAUUAUUCGAUCCAAAAGACCCCAAACGUCCAGAUGUCUUCAACAUGUUAAAAUAAAUAUAUUUAUAUUAUAUGUAUAAUAAAAAGUUUUUAAUAUUAAGUGUUAAUUAAUCAUAUAUCUUAUAUAUAUUAUAUAUCUCUAUAAAUUACCGUUGCAUAUCUCUGUUAAGAAAAACUCGUUGAAUUUUAUAUACCACAAUUUUAAAAAUAUACACGAUACACACACACAUUUAAAUAACAGCCGAGAACUGGUGCCAAAACGCCCGAAAAAGUUGCGCAAUCCCGAAAAGAGCGGGAGAGAAGUCGAAAAAUUUCGAUGCACCAUUUCGAAAAGCGCCGUGCCGCAUCCGGAGCCGUUCGCAUUGGCGAUAGAAAGAGAAAAUAUAAACAGCCGACCUUAGUGGGCUAAGACGAGGUCAAUGCCCAUCGCAUGCAACUAGCAAUGAUGUGAGAUGUCUUCUAGACGCGGACCAGCGUCGUAACGUGCGAGAAACCGAAUCGCGAGCGCUUCGUAACGAAAUUUUUCCUUUAAUUGGUGAACCUCGGUUGUGAUCUGCCUUCCAUCCAAAAGAAAGAAAACCAAGCCCCCCUAGGUCUCCUAAACGGUUGCAGUUUGUAGUGUGUUAUGUCCAUAAUAAGAGUUUUAUGCCCGUUCGUUGUUUUAUCGGAUUGUUGCUAGUUGUGGAAUUUACGUUUGCGUUUGUGAAGCUUAAGAACUAUAAUGGAAGUGACUUAAAUCGAAAAACACAGGACUCCAGUUGGUGCCGGUUUGAUGUGUGUUUAGUGCGGAAUCGCGGAAUUGCGGAAGAGAAGUGAAAGAUGGCAGAAGAUCAAAGGAGACUGAGUCAAGUUUUCGAUCCCAUUACGCGACUGGGUGAGCUGACAAGGAUGUCACAUUCAACCCCGUCAUCCCCGAGGUUGCUGCCGCGGCGCCAGAGGGAGAUGGCGCCUCCUCUGGCCGCCUUCGACAUCCUGGACCAAGGGCCGAGUGGCUCAUCCACCCAACCGCCCACCGUCAAUUGGCAGGAACGUUGUCUGGAGCUGCAGCUCGAGUUGCACAGGAGCAGGACGCAGGCAACAAGGACUCGCGACAUGCUUCGUGAAAAGCUCUCCGAGCUGGAACAAAGAGUUCUCGAGGCCGAAGGCAGGGCAGAGGAGGCCGAGGACAAGGUACGAAUAAUGGAACAGAAGCUCGCAUGGUCGGCGGCUAGCGACGCAAACACCGCCCAAAUAAGUCGACUCGAGGGUGAAGUCGAGGAACAGCGUCAGCUGCGGCUGCACGACGCACGUCAGGUCGAAGCCAAGGCGGCCAGGAUCAAGGAAUGGGUCACCAAUAAGCUGCGCGAGCUAGAACAACAGAACCAGACGCUCAAGGAGCAGAACAUCAAGUGCAACCGGCAACUGGAGCUGCUGCGCAAUCAUCUAGCGCUAGCAGACCGAAGGCGCAGCGAGAGCUGCUCACCGGAGCCCAGACAGAUUCCCCCGUCAUCCAGCACCAGCCGCCAGCAAAAGCACCGUCGCCACCAGUCCGUGUGUUUGUCGACGAGCAGCACGUACGAGCCGACAAUCCCCAGCACGCUGGUGACGAGCGUGAACAUAGAGCUCAGCAACUCAAGCAUGGAUCCUCUCACCGACGAAUUAAGGGCCGCGGUCGACAAUCUGAGCAUUGGCAGGGUGCCGAGCAGUAGUGCCAGCGAUCCGGACCUAGCGCACGACUACGCCGAAAUCUACACACCUAGCAGGGAGAAGGUUGCGUGGCCGAGGGCGCCCACGCCUCCCCUUCACAGGUUCCCCAGCUGGGAGGAUCGGAUAUAUCAAGUGGCAGCUGAUGGUUUAACAUUAACCGGGACAACCCCCAGCGAUAUUGGACCAGAACAAGCAGGUUACCAAGACAUCCCCGUGCCAGUUUACGCCACUGUCAAAGGGCGAGCUAGUCAAAUCAGAUCCAUGCCUUUCACCGGCGAUUCCAGCGACGAUUCCAGCGAUGGUGAAGGCAACAACACUACUGCGGUUGAUGGGACGAAUACACACAGCAGAAGUUCUGGAGAUACGUCCGGUUCCAGUCCGGGAAAAAGAACUGCGUCGAGUAGCAGUGGCUCUCCUAGUAAAAGUAAAACAAGAGGUGUUUCAGACACGUCCUUCGAAUCGGGCAUGUCUGAUGAUUAUGCCGUGCCCCCGGACGCUCUGAGCUGCGACACCACCAGCAUAGAAUCAUCUAUGUUGCUCAGAGCCUCUUAUCUCGACAGUCCGAAACGUAUCGAGAGUUUGGAAAAGAGCGGAAGCUUAGCUAAAUUAGGUGGUAAAUUGAAAACCUGGCGAAAAAAGUGGUUCGUGCUAAAGAACGGCGUCCUAACGUAUUACAAAAGUCAAAGUGAUAUAAACAGAAAACCCCAGGGACAGAUUUUGUUAGACGAAGUUUGUAAGAUAAACAGAGCGGAUGGAUCAAACACAUUCGAAAUCGACACUGGAAAGAAAACUUAUUAUCUAACUGCUGACUCGUUGACUGCUAUGGAAGACUGGGUGAGAAUAUUACAAAACGUACAACGAAGAAACGCAACUAAAUUGUUACUGAGCAAGGAAGAAAACAAGCCUUCCGUUCAAGGCUGGCUAACGAAAGUCAAAAAUGGUCACGCGAAAAAAUGUUGGUGUGUGUUAAUUGGAAAGAUGUUCCUUUAUUUUAAAGCUCCUACAGAUACAACACCUCACGGCCAAAUAAACAUGAGAGACGCAAAAGUGGAGGAGGUAGAACACUUAUCCGACUCCGACUCAGAGGAGAAAGAUUCCGAACAACCGGACCUAACUAUCGGUAUAUUCCCAACGAAUUCGGGCCCUACGUAUCUGUUGUGUCCAGGCAAACAAGAGAAGGACGCGUGGCUGUAUAAUUUGACUGUAGCAAGCGGCGGCGGUCCGAGUACCGGCACCCAAUACGAACAGUUGAUCCACAAACUGAUGGAGGUGGACGGUGAUCCGAACUGCGUCUUGUGGCGGCAUCCAGUUCUAUUACAUGUGCCUUGUACCAAAGACGGUGCCAUACCUUCAUACUUUCCGUUAACUACCUUACCAUCGGAAACACUACAGGCGGAAGCAAUAAAAUUAUUCAAGUGCCUGCAAUUGUUCAUGUCGGCCGCGGUGGACCAAGCAGGCAUAGAUUACCACGUCGUUCUGGCUCAGAAUGCGCUUCAACAGUGUCUGGACAUGCCCGAGUUGCAGGCCGAACUGAUUUGCGCCCUCAUCAAGCAAACCAGCAAGAACGUGCCUCUGCCGAAGAUCGGAGUUCAGGUAUCCACACAAAAGUUGCUUAAGAAGAGCCAACUGCUGCUUUGCGCCACGCAGAGUCUGUUUACGUGCGAAACGACGCCGAGCAUAAACUCGACAUCUGACCAACAAAUUUCCCUUUCGAACAUACAGACCGCCCAAGAAGAGAAGUACAAGGAGCAUAAGGAGUGCUUUAAGGACCACAAGGACGCUAAAGGACCCCCUAGCUAUACACUUUUACAGGGCUGGCAACUGUUGGCCCUGGCCGUCAGUUUGUUUGUUCCUAAGUCCUCGAGGUUGCUUUGGUUUCUGAAACUGCAUCUACAGAGGAAUGCUGACAAUUGUACUGAAUGUGGGAAGUAUGCAGCUUAUUGUGAGAGAGCGCUUGAAAGGACCAUUUUGGCAGGCGGUCGUGAACUGAAGCCUUCUCGUAUGGAGGUGCUAAGCAUUUUGCUCAAAAAUCCACAACACCAUUCGCUGCCGCAUUCGAUGCCAGUACAUUUGCUCAACGGCACAUAUCACAUAACCAGCUUUGACGGCUCGACGACAAUAAAGGAGUUCCAGGAUAGUUUGGCUCAUGAAAUCGGCUGUCGAACGACCAACGGCUUCGCUAUAUUCUCCGACGACCCUAUCGAAAGGGAUCUGGAGCACACUCUGGAUCCCACAGCAAAACUCUGUGAUCUGAUCUCCAAGUGGGAGAUCGCUUUGAGAGAAAAAGGUCUGGGGAAAUUCGAAAACAGCAAAGUCAUAAGACUGACCUACAAGAAUAGGAUGUGGUGGAAGAACUGCGCAAGACUGGAAACCGACAAGGAAAGACUUUUAUUGUGUUACCAAAUUAACAAGCAAAUAGUUUCGGGACGUUUCCCGUUGAGUCGUGAUCUGGCGUUGGAACUGGCGAGUCUGAUGGCUCAGUUGGAUAUGGGUGAUUGCUCUUUGGCUAAUAAGAACGUCAGCACACAAGUCCAGACUCCUAAGUCACAAGCAAAUGGCACUCUAAGCCCGCCAGUUUCUCAGAAUAACACUUUAACGGCUCUUAACAACGUGCAAGGAAUCUUGACGGCUCAUUCGAAUCAGGCUCUGAAUGCUAUAGACAAGUUUUAUCCGUAUCGGUACAGGGAUCAGUUGAACCAAGACGGACUCGCUGAGUUGCAGGCUAAACUGCUAGCGAAGUGGAGAGCUUUGAAGGGGAGGACGCAGUUGGAUUGUGUGAGGAUUUAUCUGACGUGCACAAGGAAAUGGCCUUUCUUCGGUGCCACGCUUUUCCAGGCCAAACUGAGACAACAGGAAUCUCCAAUGAUUUGGCUGGCGGUGAGUGAAGACGCAAUAACAGUUCUGGAUUUAGCAACAAUGCAGCAACGAGUCCGGUAUCCGUAUACAAGUGUCCUGACCUUCGGAGGAUGUCAAGAAGACUUCAUGUUAGUUGUUACUCAAAACGACCAGCAUCAAUCACAAAAACUAAUAUUCGCCCUCAACAAACCUAAAAUCCUAGAACUCACUCUCCUAAUCGCUGAUUAUAUGAAUCUCCUAAUGAACAACCCAGGCACUCCACUACUAGGAACGUUGAGUAGAGGUACAAUGGUUUCCGUAAACCAAUCCGUUGUCAACCAGUCGAUUAUUAGUCAAACGAUAGCCAAUCAAAGCCAACCGGACAUUUUGAAAUCGACGCCCGAUCACGCAAUACAGAGAACGGACUCGAAACGCAGGACUCACGUGGACUCGGGUCUGGCGUGAUACAGGACCGAGUGUGUGACGUGCGAAAAGUAAGAUAAAAUUUGCUGGACGACACAAUAAUAAUGCUUUUAAAACACCCCUCGUUUAGGAAUUCUUCCCUCCACAUGUUUUGAUCCGGCAGGUUUUAUGUUUGGUUCUUAUUUUAUUGUAAUUUAUGCUUUUCUUUGUGCCACAGUGACCGAAUAUAAUUGUAAAUAUAGAUUAUAUGUGAAUGUGUA